AUGCAGCUCACGAAACCACACAUCGCCAUGUUCUCCAGUCCUGGAAUGGGCCACGUCAUCCCGGUGAUCGAGCUCGCCAAGCGUCUCUCAGUCAACCAUGGCUUCCACGUCACCGUCUUCGUCCUAGAAACCGACGCAGCCUCCGCUCAGUCCAAGUUCCUAAGCUCAAGCGGCGUCGACAUCGCCAGUCUUCCUUCGCCGGACAUUUCUGAUCUAGUGGACCCCGCAGACCACGUGGUGACCAAGAUCGGAAUCAUUAUGCGUGAAGCCGUUCCAGCUCUCCGUUCCAAGAUCGCUGCGAUGCAUCAAAAGCCAACGGCUCUUAUCAUCGACUUGUUCGGCACAGACUCCUUAUGUCUUGCAGCAGAAUUCAACAUGUUGACUUACGUGUUAAUUGCUUCAAACGCACGUUAUCUUGGGGUUGCUAUUUAUUAUCCAACUCUAGACCAAGAUAUCCAAGACGAGCACGCAAAGCAAAGAAAACCGCUUCAGAUACCGGGAUGCGAACCGGUUCGAUUUGAAGAUACUAUGGACGCAUACCUGGUUCCUGAUGAACCGGUGUACCGAGAUCUGGUUCGUCACUGCCUGGCUUACCCAAAGGCGGAUGGCAUUUUGGUGAAUACAUGGGAUGAGAUGGAGCCUAAAUCAUUGAAAUCCCUUCAAGACCCAAAGCUUUUGGGCCGUGUUGCUCGUGUACCGGUUUAUCCGAUCGGUCCGUUAUGCAGACCGGUAGAGUUGUCGAAAAUCGAUCACCCGGUUCUGGACUGGUUAAGUGAACAACCAGAUGAGUCGGUUCUCUACAUUUCCUUCGGGAGUGGCGGUUCUCUAACGGCUAAACAGUUAACCGAAUUGGCGUGGGGACUCGAGCAGAGCCAGCAGCGGUUCGUGUGGGUGGUUCGCCCACCGGUCGACGGCUCUUCUUCCAGCGAGUAUUUCUCGGUUAACGGUGGUGGCAACAAAGACAGCACGCCGGAGUAUCUACCGGAAGGGUUCGUGAGUCGCACUUGCGACAGAGGUCUUGUGGUCCCAUCAUGGGCACCGCAAGCUGAAGUCUUGGCCCAUCGGGCCGUUGGUGGGUUUUUGACCCAUUGCGGUUGGAAUUCGACGCUAGAAGGUGUGGUUAGCGGUGUUCCGAUGAUCGCGUGGCCGCUUUUCGCGGAGCAGAAUAUGAACGCGGCGUUGCUCAGCGAUGAACUUGGAAUCGCCGUCCGUGCGGAUAAUUUAGCCGAGGGGAUUUCAAGGUCGGAGAUUGAGGCGAUCGUGAGGAAGGUAAUGGCGGAAGAGGAAGGUGAGGAGAUGAGAAGGAAAGUGAAGAAGCUGAGAGAGACGGCGGAGAUGUCGUUGAGCAUUGACGGGGGUGGUUCGGCGCACGAGUCGCUUUGCAGAGUCACGGUGGAGUGUGAACGGUUCUGGGAACGUAAGAGGGACUUGGCACGUGGUGCUUAG